UAGCACGGCAUCAGUUUGAAUUCAUAACGACAGCAGUUAAUUGUGAAUCGAGUGAUACAUUACAAACGCUUUUAAAACUAUCCGAGUGAUUUUCACUUAGUGUUCCUUUACUAUUAUUUUCAUAUAUUAUACUUUUAUCUUGUAAGUGUUUAUUAUAUAGUUCGAUUAUUGUGUUAAUAUGGUCGGAAAAACAGCUAUCGGAAUUGAUUUAGGAACUACCUAUUCUUGUGUCGGAGUGUGGCAAAAUGGAAAGGUGGAGAUCAUUGCCAACGACCAAGGAAAUAGAACUACUCCGAGUUACGUUGCAUUCUCAGACACAGAACGGUUGAUUGGAGAUGCAGCGAAAAACCAAGUAGCUAUGAAUCCAAGCAACACUGUGUUUGAUGCCAAGAGACUGAUUGGUAGACGAUUCGAUGAUGAAAAAACUCAAUCAGACAUGAAACAUUGGCCUUUCAAAGUAAUCAAUGAUUGCGGUAAACCGAAAAUCCAAGUCGAAUUCAAAGGUGAACGUAAAGUGUUUGCCCCAGAAGAAAUAAGUUCAAUGGUAUUAACCAAAAUGAAGGAGACUGCUGAAGCAUACUUGGGUAAGAAUGUUACUGAUGCUGUAAUAACUGUGCCAGCUUAUUUCAAUGACUCUCAAAGGCAAGCCACAAAGGAUGCCGGUGCAAUUGCUGGCUUGAAUGUUAUGAGAAUUAUUAAUGAGCCCACAGCUGCUGCUUUGGCGUAUGGUUUGGACAAGAACUUGAAGGGUGAGAGAAAUGUGUUAAUAUUCGACUUGGGUGGUGGAACUUUUGAUGUGUCUAUCCUCCAAAUUGAUGAGGGGUCAAUAUUUGAAGUUAAAUCAACAGCUGGUGAUACACAUCUGGGAGGAGAAGACUUUGACAAUAGACUAGUAUCACAUCUAGCAGAAGAAUUCAAGCGAAAAUUCAAAAAAGACGUGAAGACAAAUCCUAGAGCUUUAAGACGUCUCAGAACUGCUGCUGAAAGAGCCAAAAGAACACUGUCCUCAAGCUCGGAAGCCACCAUAGAGAUUGAUGCAUUGAUGGAGGGUAUCGAUUUCUACACAAGAGUAUCAAGAGCACGCUUUGAAGAACUUUGUGCUGAUUUGUUCAGAUCAACUCUACAACCUGUUGAAAAGGCGUUGGCUGACGCUAAACUGGACAAAGGAGCAAUACACGAUGUAGUAUUAGUCGGCGGUUCUACCAGAAUACCUAAGAUUCAAAGUUUGUUGCAGAACUACUUCUGUGGUAAGUCUCUCAAUCUAUCCAUUAAUCCAGAUGAAGCAGUAGCAUAUGGUGCUGCUGUUCAAGCAGCUAUACUAAGUGGAGACACCAGUUCUGCAAUUCAAGAUGUACUACUUGUUGAUGUGACACCGCUUUCAUUGGGAAUUGAAACUGCUGGAGGUGUUAUGACUAAGAUAGUCGAAAGAAAUAGUACUAUUCCAUGCAAGCAAACUCAAACUUUCACCACUUAUGCUGACAAUCAACCAGCAGUUACUAUUCAAGUAUUUGAAGGAGAGAGGGCAAUGACUAAAGACAACAAUCUUUUGGGAACUUUUGAUUUGACUGGAAUUCCUCCAGCUCCAAGAGGAGUACCUAAAAUUGAUGUGACUUUUGAUCUAGAUGCUAAUGGUAUUUUGAAUGUUUCGGCCAAAGACAACAGUUCUGGACGUUCGAAAAACAUUGUCAUUAAGAAUGACAAAGGUAGAUUGUCACAAUCAGAAAUUGAUCGUAUGCUUAAUGAAGCUGAAAGAUAUAAGGAAGAAGACGAAAAACAAAGAGUUAAAAUAGCAGCUAAAAAUCAACUAGAAAGCUAUGUCUUUGGUGUAAAACAAGCUCUGGACGAAGCUGGAGAUAAACUGAGUGAAUCGGAAAAGAACACAGCAAAACAGGAAUGUGAUGCUGUGAUACAGUGGUUAGAUAAUAAUCAGUUGGCUGACAAGGAAGAAUACGAGUACAAACUUAAAGAACUGCAAGGCAAGUGUUCUUCAUUAAUGAUGAAAAUGCAUGGGGGACAAGGAGGAGGUGGUUCCCAAAUGCCUGGAAAUAGUAGGUUCCCUGGAGAACAACAGUCAAGAGGACCAACUGUUGAGGAAGUAGACUAAUGUAAAGUUGUAUUUGUUAAUUGCUAUUCAUAAAUGUUCUCAUUUUGUAUAAUCCAUGUUCCUUUAUGAUUAAGAUUUAUUUAUUGUUAUAGAAGUUAUAACUUAAAUUUAUACGUAUUUAUAUGUGUACUACUUAUGUUUGCCAAUGAAUGUUGUAUGAUCAUGUAAUGUCAUUGAACUUUAUGUUUUAAUAAAGUAUAUAUUUAUAGAUUUUA